AUGUUUUCAUAAGCUUUCAGAAGAGGUCAAUAACCAUAAUAAUAGUAGCCAUAACCAUUAGGAAUAUCUUUUCAUAAGUAAGAAACUAAAGUUAUUUAGUUAAUUGUAAGCCCAACAAACAAAAUCCUUUUCUUAAACCUAAUAUGAAAAGGAGAAUAUUAGCUAAUUUCUUGGUUCAACUAAAAGAUAAAAUUUAAAUGAAUCCUUCUAUUAAGAAUAGUAAGUACCCCAAAUAUCGGAAGUUUAUAGGAUCUUAGAAUAACUACAAUAAAUGAUGAUAGUAAAAUUUAAUGACUUUUAAAAUGUAAUUAAUGAACAAGAAAAAGCCAUUAAACCAUUAAUUGAUUAAAAUACUUAAUUAAAUAACUAAUUAACUAAUGUACUUUAGUAAAGUGAGAAAAUACUUUCCUAACUCACAGCUAAUCUGGAGAAGAGUGAUUAGAUAAAUAAAAGGAAUCAAAAGAGGAAAAGCAAUGAGGGAUAAGAGAGUGAUUUUGGAGCAGUUUAAUAACUAUUGAAGACAUUAGAUGAUAGAUUGAAUAAUUUAUCAAAUGAAGUAGAGAUGAUAGCUGAAACUAACAAUAGAUUUUAAGUUCAUGUGAUGGAAAUUGUGAAUAUAGAUAAACUAGAACAUCGUGAAAAUAUGUAGAGAGUGUUACAAGAGAUGGAUAAAGCUAAAAGAUCCUUAUCUAAGAAAAUAAAACGUUGA